AAAGCCGCAGCUGAUCAAACUACCUCUACCUUUUUUGAAGUAAAGUUCUACUUGAAAUUUUUAGUUUCCAAUCGAAUCUCAACCGAUCAAGUCAUCACGCCAAAAGAUUCUAUCUCUGUAACUUACUUCAUUAAUAUUUAUUAUAAUAUAGAAAUUUUCUCGUUUCGAUGCGUUUUCAAAUAAUUUCUACGAUCGCGCUUGCCGCAAUAUUUGCUUCUUCUGUAAAUUGUGGUUGUGAUAGGUCGGGUGAGGUGAAACCUUCGGAAGAUGGUGAUGUGACCCAAUUCUUUAAGAAUCUUGGCUGUGAUAUUAAGAAAGGUGCCGAAAAAGUCUCCGAUUCAGCCAAGCCGUACAUUGAUGAUAUCAAAAAAGGCGCCGAAAAAGUAUCUGAAUCUGCGAAGCCCUACAUAGAUGAUCUCGGAAGUAGGGCAAGGAAAUUGGGUGGCACCGUUGCUGAUCGAUUUCACGAUCUGAAGGAGAAGAUCAGUAGUAACACGGAUAAUUCUACAGUGACUCCUGAAAAAUCUUCAUCGACCACAGCUGAAGGCAGAUCUGUUGAUUAUGAAUUAUCUUCAACUUCAAACUCAUCAUCGCCAUCAUCGGGAUCAUCAUCAUCAACUCCAACAACUCCAUCACCCUCAUCAUCAUCUUCAUCAAUUCUUCCGGAUAUCGAUGAUCGCUUCAUUUUGGACGCCGUUCCAAAGUGCGGUGAAAACAAAAAGGACGACGGAAGAGGACAUUGCCGCAAUACUGGCUAAUAAUUUAUUCUUGUAUAUUUAUCUUACCUUAUAAACUAUUUGUUUUUCUUAAGAACAAUAAAAAAAUACAUCUUUCUCAUAAA